CGAAACAUCACCUUCCACGGCAUCCACAAGAGGACCCCCCGUUACCCGGGGGUCCUCGACCUCCUGGUCAACCAGGUGGUUUAUUGUCCCCAGGUUCAGGGCGGGGCCUGGGUGCGGCAGAGUUUUUUGGGGGGGCUCGUGCGCCUCGAAGAAGGCGACGAGGUUUUCACGCGGGUGCGGGCGCCCGAGUUGGUGAGGGUGGUGGACGGCACCCGCUCUUACUUCGGGAU